GAUCCUCAUUCAGUCCUUGCACCGAAAUCCAACCUGUUUCCACUCUUUUCCCCCCUUACAUUUUUAUGAAUCUUUCUAAUUAUCUCAUCUCUCCUUUCCACCAUCAAAAAGAUUAAGGAACUCUCUCCUUAAUCCAUCACCAGCACCACCAUUGCCACCGCUCAUUAUUUGUUUCCCUUCCACAAUGGGCAACUGUUGCUCCAGAGGUGGUGCCCAGGAUGCCUCAACUAAUAAGGAAGAAAACACCGAGGGUGCUAAUCCCACCAAUGUUCGGACAGAUGCUCCCUCCACCACCCCACCUAGGACUGCUCCACCUUCACCCCCUCCAGGAGCUUCACCUAAGCCUGCCAAGGUUGCCCCUAUUGGACCUGUCUUAGGCCGUCCGAUGGAAGAUGUAAAAUCCAUUUACAGCAUUGGAAAAGAACUUGGUAGGGGACAAUUCGGUAUCACACAUUUGUGCACUAACAAGGUUACAGGCGAGCAAUUCGCGUGCAAAACAAUAGCCAAGAGAAAGCUUGUUAAUAAAGAGGAUGUGGAGGAUGUUAGGAGGGAGGUUCAGAUUAUGCACCAUUUAACGGGCCAGCCUAAUAUUGUGGAACUCAAGGGAGCCUAUGAGGAUAAACAUUCGGUUCAUUUGGUGAUGGAGUUAUGUGCUGGAGGAGAGCUCUUUGAUCGCAUUAUUGCCAAAGGUCAUUAUACAGAGCGUGCUGCAGCCUCUUUGCUUAGGACCAUUGUUCAAAUUAUCCACACCUGCCAUUCUAUGGGAGUUAUCCAUAGGGAUCUCAAGCCAGAAAAUUUCCUUCUGCUCAACAAACAAGAGAACUCCCCACUCAAGGCUACUGAUUUUGGCCUUUCUGUGUUCUACAAGUCAGGAGAAGUAUUCAAAGACAUUGUUGGAAGUGCAUAUUACAUUGCACCUGAAGUCUUGAAGAGAAGGUAUGGGCCAGAAGCUGAUGUAUGGAGUGUUGGGGUCAUGUUGUUUAUUCUUCUAAGUGGUGUUCCUCCUUUUUGGGCAGAAUCGGAACACGGGAUAUUCAAUGCAAUCCUACGUGGCCAUAUUGAUUUUACUAGUGAUCCCUGGCCUUCAAUUUCACCUCAAGCAAAAGAUCUUGUUCGGAAGAUGUUAACUUCAGACCCCAAGCAAAGGAUGACAGCCAUCCAGGUUCUCGGUCAUCCAUGGAUUAAGGAGGAUGGAGAAGCUCCUGAUACUCCUCUUGACAAUGCAGUGUUGAGUAGGCUCAAACAAUUCAAAGCAAUGAAUAACUUCAAGAAAGUUGCUCUAAGGGUCAUUGCUGGCUGUCUAUCAGAGGAAGAAAUCAUGGGAUUGAAGGAAAUGUUUAAGGGCAUGGACACCGACAACAGUGGUACUAUAACACUUGAAGAGCUGAAACAAGGACUUGCCAAGCAGGGGACAAAGUUGUCUGAAUAUGAAGCUAAACAACUGAUGGAAGCUGCUGAUGCAGAUGGCAAUGGGAUAAUAGACUAUGACGAAUUCAUCACAGCAACAAUGCAUAUGAACAGAAUGGAUAGAGAAGAACUUCUUUACACUGCCUUCCAACAUUUUGAUAAAGAUAACAGCGGGUACAUUACAACUGAAGAGCUAGAGCAAGCUCUGCGCGACUUUGGCAUGCAUGAUGGAAGGGACAUAAAGGAAAUUAUUUCUGAAGUGGAUGCAGAUAAUGAUGGCCGGAUCAACUACGAUGAAUUUGUGGCAAUGAUGAGAAAAGGAAACCCUGAAGCCAAUCCCAAGAAACGGCGUGAUGAUGUAUUUGUUUGAGUUUGUAGGGGGUGGAUGGCAGGGAAAAUAGAAUGACUAUUUAUCUUUGUUUCCUUUUAGUGGGAGGGAAAGCUGUAGGAUAUGCAGAAGCUGCCAGGAGAAAUGUGGCAGGUCAUUGUGGAUGCUACAGAACGUACACUGUUUGGUCGGGAAUGAGGUGUGGGAAAUAUUGUCUGUCCCAUUUCUAAAAAUGAGCCAUUGUUUAAUUACUGAUCUUUAGGGAAGUAAAGGGUGCGAUUUUUUUUUUUUUCAUAUUGUAUUAAUUCUUGUCCAGUUUAGGAAUAUAUCCAGUGACUGUGUGAUUGCUAUGCACUUGCUAACUACGAAUUUGAUGUUGUUUUUAGGGGUA